AUGGAAACGAGGCCCAGCGGCAGUCUUAGCAGCCCAGAGGGGUCCUGUGAAGCUUUUCCCCAAGGAUUGCUAGUGUUCACCGGCUCUUCGGAUCGCGAUGCCAACUUAGCCAAGCAGUUCUGGAUCGGGGCGUCAAUGUACCCCCACAACGAAUCUCAGCUGGUGCUCUCCAGAGGUAGCAGCCAGCGUCUGCCGGUGGCGAGGCCUUCCAAGAGCAGUGCACAGGAGAAAACUUAUUUCCAGCCCUUUUCCCUUGAGGAAAGCAAGAGUAGAGAUGUCACUGCUGAAACCCUAAAGAUUCAGGAAUCCGAGGAGAAAAAAAAGUAUCUCCAAAAGCUUUUCUGCAGGAUGGAGACCAAACUCUCCAGCGUGGUAUUCAAGUUCUUUCCCAGUCUGACCGUGACCUAA